AAAUCGCAAAUAACAAUAAGUUAGUAUAUUUGUAAUACAAUAAUGAAAAAAUAUUAUUUGUGUUACAAAUAUCUUUAAAUCAACAAGCAAACCAUAAUUAUUAAAAACUUUCGUUUGUUAGUCUGAACAAAAAAUCGAUUAUUCGAACUUAACAAUACGAUACUUUACGCAUCGAUACAUGUCCACAAGCCUUUCCCAAUAUAAAUAAACAUUUAUUCGUCUAUAAAUUUUAAUAUUGUCGACAUCUUACAAUUUAAAUGUAUGAAUCGAAAAAAUUAAAUAUGAUUGAUUCAACAUCAAUUUCCUUCUAAAAAAUAAAGUAUCACCUUAUAAAAUUAAUUAACCAUCGUUAAUGACUUGACUUGAUCUGUAAUAUUUAUAUUUAAAAAAAGGCUAGGUGUUUAAAACUGUUUUACACUAUACUUAUAUUUGAAGAAGUUUAAAUAUGAAUGGAUUCAUAGCCGUGCAUUGCGGCGCCGGAUAUCACAGUGAAAAUUUAAGAAAAGAGUAUCAGAAAACAUGCAAUCAGGCCUGCAGAAAAGCUAGCGAAAUCUUAAAACAAGGUGGAAAUGCUGUGGAUGCAGUUGAAAAAGCCAUAAUUGAAUUGGAAAACAGUCCAUUAAGCAAUGCUGGUUAUGGAUCAAACCUAACUUGGGAUGGUACUGUAGAGUGUGAUGCAUCACUUAUGAAUGGUCAAACUUUACAUUUUGGAGCUUGUGGUGCUGUUUCAAAUGUUUGGAAUCCUAUAACACUGGCCAAGAAUCUUUGCAUUAAACAAUGUGACAGUUUGUCUUUGGGUAGAGUUCCACCUUGUAUACUCACUGGACAAGGUGCCCGAUCAUGGGCACAAAGAAUGGGCCUUGAAAUUGUGGAUGAUCACAAAAUGAUUUCUGCAAGAGCAUUUCGUAACUUUAAGCAUUGCAAGCGAAAACUUAAAAAGUAUUCAAUACAAAAUGAUGUAAAAUUUAGUCCUCUAGAUACAGUAGGAGCAAUUUGUGUGGACAUUAAUGGUGUUGUAGCAGCUGGUGCUAGUUCAGGAGGGGUUUCUUUAAAACAUGAAGGUAGGGUCGGACAAGCUGCUUCUUUUGGAAGUGGGGUUUGGGCUUUAAUGAGUAGAGAUGGAAUAAAGUCGUCUGUGGCAUCAUGCACAUCAGGAUGUGGGGAGCAUUUAAUAAGAACACAGCUUGCAAAAAACACAGCAGAAAGUUUGUUUGAGUCCCCAUCCCCAACUGAAAGUCUAGAUAAAUGCCUGAAGAAAAAUUUUUUACAUUCACCAUUCUUAUGGGAUGUACCCGAAAGACUGUGCGGAGCUUUAGCUCUAAGGCAUGACCCACAAACUGGAGAUGGUGAAGUUUUAUGGGGUCACACAACUAAAACAAUGUGCGUGGGUUACAUGUCUUCGGAAACAGAUAGACCAAAGUGCAUUAUCUCACAUCUACCUCCAAAUGUAGAGCCAGGACAUAAGGCUGUUGUCUCGGGACAUCCCUUUAAGAUUGCAAUUCAAGAGUCCCCAGUAAUACAGUGGGAGGUGGCUGAAUCAAACUGUAAUGGAUAUCUUAGUUAAUUUUAAAUAACUAGAUCUGAUUAUAGGAGUGUUAUGUGAAAAAAUGUAUUGAUUUAAAAAAGAAUCAGUCUUAUACUUGUAUUUGCUAGGCUGAUGAAUAAAUUUUAAUGUUCCAUUCUGUACUAUGCAGUUACUGGAUCCCAUAGACACCACAACAUAUAAUGCUACUGGCUGUUUCUAUCUUAGAGAUAAGAUUAAAGUUACAUUUGCAACUGCCAUGUAAUCCUUCACACUGGAAUGCAUAAUUGCUCAGUAGCCCAAAAAAUGGCAAUAUUGUGAUAAAAUAAACUAGGCUCCCAAAAUUUAUUUUACUGAUUAUUUUUCCUUCUUUUUUAGUGACUUAAUCAAUAACCAGAAAGUAAUUAGAAAUUUGUAUUGAUUGGUUAUUAAAAAUAAUAAUAUGAAUAGCAUUAUUGUGUUGAGUCAAUAAAACUAAGUAAAUUAAGAAA